AACCAAGAAAGAGCGGAGAUGAUAGGUGCAGACUGAUACUGAGAAAAGACUACACUGAGCGGAGAUGGUACGAGAUUUCUGACGGCACCUUGUGCAGCUUGAGUCGUUUUCUGUCGUCGUUUUGUUGCCUGCGGACCGACUUCUAGUGUUUCAGCUUCUCCUGCAGAGGAACAAGCCUACUUCCAGAGGAAACAACCUGCCGGCGUCAGUGGGCGACUCAUAUUUGUUACCGCGGAGAGCAACGCAGUACUCCUGCACUACUGCUACGGCUCCUCGCAGUUAUCGGACUACGCAGAGGACCACGACAAAAUUUAGAUUUCUGUGGGGAAAUUAUACGGUAAGAAUAACAGCAGAAUAAACAUCAUGCCUUCCUUCCACGGGAGCAACAGCAGCUCCCAGGCUGCUUUAGACGCGUCUGUGAUGCGUAUAAAAGUGCACAACUCCCCCUCCCCCUCGUUUGUCAUGCAAAAUCCCAAAUCCAGUUGCUGCCUUGUGGCACUGUCUGCAUUACAAAUUUUGGAAGCCCAAACUGGACGACACUGAGCGCACGAACUUGUCAUGCGCGGCAUCGACGUGUGCGGGUUUUCGUAUUUCUGUUCAUGCAAUAGAAAUGAGGGGGGGGGAGCUGCGCACUCUCAUAGUGCGGCCGCAGGAGACACGGAAACCGUCCACGGUUUCCUAUAUCAAAUGCAAAAAUGUCUGGGUCUGGAAACUUGUGAUGCCGGGUGGCGUAUCAUGAUGAGGCCACAGGUGCUGGCUCAGCAUGACAAGUUUCUGAGCUUCUAGGCGUUCUUGCCUAUUUUGCAUGACAGACUUUGUUUCUGCAUGACAGAAAAGUGGAGCUCUUUGGUAACGUGCAUGACAGAUUCAAGAGUCAUGCCAGACAAGCAUGACAGACAUGCAGUCUUCCAGACCCAGACACUUUUGCACUUGAUAUCCUACACCCGGAAACAGUCGCUGGUGGAAAAAAUCAAAAAGUUCCAGACGGAGCGAAAAUCCGAGCGGUUCUACCGCUUUUUGCACCACGAUCUGACCUUCAUCCUGUACUACUCCAGCACCCUGUGCGCGCUCUUCCACGUCUUCUACUGCUUGGUCAGGGAGGUAUACAGUACAAUUAAUAUUAGAGGGAAUCUCAACAUCUUCGUGGCCAACGUGCAGGAAUCUUUGUGCUUGUAGCCAGCAUGGUUUAAUCGAGGCCAGAGUCCGAUGCUGGUUUAAAGCUCGGUCAGUGAUGCAGAACGUACAAACCAUCAGAAAACUACAAACUUGUCAGACCGAGCCAAAGUCCGGGUCCAAUCUGCAGAAGUUUUGCGACGCGGUGCUGCGAAUUUUUUUCUCGGUCUGGCUGUGCGUGUCCAUGAUCAAGCAGCCCGCGCAGCUGUGGCAAGCCCCGUUCUACUUCUGGAUGUCCUUGCACCUGUUCUCCACGGAAUCGAGCACCGCGUUUGGAACGCUGUCCGUCCUAUUCGGCGUGGUCAUGCUGCUCGGCUGCAUCGUGCUGUGUGCCCGGGAAGCGCGGUUCUACCUGGAGUCCCCGAAGCUAUACAAGGCCUUCUCGACGCACGCGACGAUGGUAAGAUAAGGCGCUAACUUCGACAAGAUGCAGCUAAAGAUUUUGUGAUGCGUGGAACUACGCUACUUGACAGCAGUUUUUCAUGCAAAGUUCGCGUUAUAACAAAAAACGAAAACCCCAGGUCGACGAGCGUGGUCGCAUUCUCUUCUACCGCAAGACGAAACAAGCGCUGCAGGAUAUCAAAAGGAAAAAUCCUCCCUCCCCAUAUCGAAACGAAGUUUCUGAUGCUGGAUUUCCGUAUACAAAUCCGAUCUGUCUUGCAGUAGAGGACUGCAGGCAUAUGCCAAGCCUCAGUCGCGAGGUUUUGACGUAGGCGCCUAGCAUGGCAAACGUGUAUGCUCUAAGCCCAACAGCAUCACAAACCGCCUGCAAAAUGCGGGGCGCUUUCUGGACUUGCCUUCUUGCAAGACAGACAGGAUUUGAGGCCACAAAUGCGCAUCACAAAUUUUCAGACGGAUACGUUUUCGAUAUGGGGUGGGGGGAUUUUUCCUUUUGAUACAGGACGCGGGCGCCUCGUCGGAGUUAACCACCCAGGAAUUGAACCUGCUCAUUGAUUAUGCAUUGCAAAUAUGUCUGGGUCUGGAAACUUGUGAUGCAAGAGAGGGAAUAGUGAAAGCAUUGUAAUGCGCUGCCCAGCAUGACAAGUUUUGCCGUGGUUCUGAGUUGCGUACUCCGCAUGAGAAACUGCGUUUUUGCAUGGCAGGCAAGAGGAGCGCAUCGCGGCCACGCAAUACAGAGUUCAGAGUCACUUUUGCCAGACUAGCAUGACAUCUCCCAGACCCAGACACUUUUGCAUUCCAUAUCGACGGCAUGGAGUUUUUCGAGAAAUCGGUCGAAGAUCCGAGCACGCUGACCGUAUGAAAUGCAAAAAUGUCUGGGUCUGGAAGGAUCCGAACUUGUGAUGCGCAUUUUAGAACACUGAAAAAUCUCUCAUGCAUAGGUAGCAAAAGCUGCCGACUUUCUGUCACCAAAAUAGGGGAUUUCUCAUGCGGGUUCGGCAUUGCGGAAGCGUCUCGAAACCUGUGAUGCUAGAGCUUCCAUGCCAGACCUCCUGCGCCAUGCAAAAACAGCAUGACUCUUUUAGACCCAGACAUUUUCACAUUUGAUAGACCGAAGAACUGUACAUGAACUGGGACCAGUUCGCGCUGCUGUACGAGGGGUAUGUGAAGAUGCUGGAGGCGGGAAUAUCCUGUGCAAAAGUAUCGUACUCGUAGUAAAAAUGGCAGUCAUGCAUUACAAAUCUCCAUCCCAAGGCAAAACAGCAUGACAAACUCCCUUUGUCAUGCUGAGCUAAUUUGUAUUGCAAUUACUACUAGUGCGAUACUUUUGCAGUUCAUAGGGAAAAUUCCCGAACCACGCCGGCAAGGCCGCCGACAAGGCAAAAGCAAAGGCUUUGUAUGGAAUGCAAACAUGUCUAGGUCUGGACGAAAAGUGGAACUUGUAAUGUGUGUCUUGCAUUCCUAGAAAAUCUGUGUUGUGUGAGCAGCAGAGGAGCCGCUUCCUUUGUCAUGCGAAAACGCAACUUGUAAUGCGUGCCAGACAUCAGAAAGCGUUUCAAAAACUUGUCAUGCGUGGCUGCCAUGGUAAGCGUUGCAAUUAGCAGCAAAUCUGCAUCACAGGUUUCCAGACACAUUUGCACUGCAUACUAUGGACCAAGAAACGAUUGGCGCAAACGCGGGAAUCGAAUCGGUGUCCACCGGGACGGGACUGGGCAACGGACCGAUCAUCAUGCAGGAAGACGGCACGGUAUCCACAGAAAGUUUUGUCUUGUAGUACGCGUACAAUAACUGCGGACUCUGCAUGACAAGAAGUUCCUCUAGUGGCCCAUUCAGCAUGACAGAUUGCACACACUGUAGGUUGCUGAAACAAAAAUUUGUGAUGCGUUUUGUACUACUACAGGAAAAGUAGAUUUGUAUUGCAUACAUGGGAUCAGUGCCGGAUGAGUCGGUGCUCGGACCCGCGCACGACGCCCGGCUGUCGCACGCGAUUAUGCACUGCAAAUAUGUCUGGGUCUGGAAGAGUGCAAGUUUGUCUUGCUUGGCUAGCAUGACUCGGAAGUCUGUCAUGCGCGUUAUCCAAAAGCCACAGCUUUCUGCCAUGCAAAAACGCAGUUUGUCAUGCUGGAUAGACAACACCUAGCAACUGAGUAACUUGUCAUGCUGAGCCGUGAUUAGUAGCGUCUUCAUGAUUCGCCAGUCAGCAUCACAAGUUUCCAUCCCGAGACAUAUUUGCAGUUGAUAGCGAUUGGCGGGGGGCAAGGGAACAUCGUGCAGAUCGAAUUGGAGGACGUAGCCAUUCACGAAACCGACGAGCCCGAUGCGGAGUAACGGAGUAGAGAUUGCGUCUGGUUUUCUGGUGGGAAAAGAAGAAACGAAUGAGGUAGGAAUUUUAAAGAUUUUUCUUCGAAACAAUUACAGGAAACAAGGAACUCCUGGAUCGAGCACGCUCGAGUACUCAAAAACAAACUGCCAAUAAACCCUGCUAGAGUGGUCCAACAAAGUCAAAAACGCGAUAAAAACACUUUCAAACCGCCCAAGCGGUAGACAAACACUCCAGCUAUCACUACAAAUUAAGCCCAAAGAAAUUCUAGUAAAACAAACGAAACAAAGUCAAAGCAUUAUCGGCAAAGAACAGCAACAUCUCUGUAAGAACCAACCAGCAGCAGUAAGUACAGUAGGAACAAUAAUAUCAAUCGCCCGUAUUUUUUCUCAACUAAAUAGAUCAAGCAACGUAGAAAGAAGGAGCUUGCAUUGGGAUCAAAGGGAUUGCGGCUAGCAAUAGAUUUUUUGACCAAACACGAUUGCGAGUGAAUUUCGAACACAUUUCAAUGUACCCCGGGGAGAAGUGAUCCGCAGAUCUGCAAAGCCAGAUCGUAGAGUGUCAAUUCUCAAGUUCUUAACGAUUCAAGAUGAAGAUUCUUCAAAUGCCCAAUUAGUUGUAAACCGCAAUGCGAAUAAUUUGUUGCAGCAAAU